AUGCUAAAACAUCCGCCUCUGAUUAGAAUGAGGAGUAAUGGAAAGGAUGAAAGACAUCCUGGACUGGAGUCAGUGGGACGUAAAUCAAGCAUCGACCAACUUUCAAAGGUGUCAACGUUUGGAACAAUGUUGGAGAACGUGCGUACACUUGCGUCGUCCAAAGGCUUAUGGGAUGAUGAGAUGCAAAGAGAUCUCCCUAAGAAAUGGGAGAAACACGGAGACAUGAUUGUUUUCCCGCAGAACUCGUUCACACACAACAACUGGAGGUAUAUUGGUCGAGAAUUAUGGCGUGUUGUGGCUGAAUCACUGAAUAUUACGCGUCUGGGGCGAAAACGUUUCAUCGGGAAUGAUGACGAAAGAACGCCUCAUGUGGACUUACUGUACGGAGAGCAUGGUUGGGUUGAACAUGUCGACGAUAGGGGAAUACGAUUUUUAUACGAUGCGUCAAAAAGAGUGUUCAACAACAAAAAAGUGCCAGAAAUGCAACGGAUAUCUGACUGGGAUUGUCACGGAGAAACUGUUGUCGAUAUGUAUGCAGGCCUUGGCUACUACUCGCUUCGAUUCUUGAUCUGUUGUGGAGCAAAACAAGUGAUCUCCAUUGAUUGGUCGGACGACAUGUGCGAAGCCCUAAGAAGAACUGCUGAAGCAAACAACGUCCAGGAUCGCAUGAUAGUUACUGAGGGGGAUAGUCGAAGGGUGACACCUUGUCUUGUCGCCGAUCGUGUGUUCCUUGGCUUAGUGCCAACAUGUCGAGCACACUGGCUCACAGCAUGUAAAGCACUACGACUGGAGGGUGGUAUGCUCCACAUCCAUGAAAUUCUAGAUGUCUCUUCCAGCGGAGAUUCUCGGAAGGACAAGGAAAUCAAACCACUGCCAAAACUGCAAUCAGUCGAGGAGGAAGGCUCAGUCAAAGAAAAUAAACCGACUUUAGCAAAAUGCUCCUCGAAUCCACAGCGCGAAAAUAAUGGAACAACCGAAAAAACACCCGUUAAACGUCAACUUUCACGGUCCCAAUCCAUUGUCUUAGAAAUGGAAAGCCGAGUAUUUCCACUUCCAAGGGUUUUGAAAGAGUUCGAGCAGAGGGCUUGGAAAUCGCUUUCACAACCAUACAAGGAUUUUGCUAUGGAUUGCGCUACAAAUUGCACGCGAUUCUUGAACAACAUCCACUUUUCCGACACGAUGUAUUGCGUUACUAUUGUCAAUCUAACAAAAUAUGGAAGCUCAUCACCGAAGUCGGAUCAUGUUGUGGUCGACUUGCUUUGCUGCUUAGAAGAUGCUCCCAUAGAAAAAAUGUCAUCAAAGUACUUGGCUUUGAAUCAUGCAUAG